ACUAAAUUUCUUUUCAUUUGGCAAAAAAAAAAUUUUUUUUUGCAUUUUUGUUGGCAUAUAAAAUACCGUCAGGCAUAUGAUUUUUCAACAAAUUGUAAAGUAGAGAAAAAGAUGUCGAAGAUUCUAAAUUUACUUCUUGCACUCGUGCUGGUCAGCACUGUUAGUGCGUUUGUCAUUCAACGUGAAGAUGUAAAGCCUGUGCUUAAAAGUACUGCACCUAUUGUUGCGCGUGCAAAAAGGGAAACUGAAACGGUAGAAGCUGAAACACUUGAACCUGUUGUGCCCGAUACAUCUGAAUCUGAAGUGGUAGCACCUGAAGCACCUGUACCUGUUGAGCCUGAAACACCUGAACGUGAAACGGUAGAACCUGAAACACCUGAAUCUGAACCGGUUGUGUUUGAAACACCGGAAACUGAACCUGUUGCACCUGAAACACCUGAACCUGUUGUGCCUGAAACACCUGAACCUGAACCUGUUGCACCUGUUGUGCCUGAAACACCUGAACCUGAACCUGUUGCGCCUGAAACACCUGAACCUGUUGUGCCUGAAACACCUGAACCUGAACCUGUUGCACCUGAAACACCUGCACCUGUUGAGCCUGAAACCCCUGAUACGGUAACUUUUGCACCUGAAACACCUGAACCUGAAACAGUAGCACCUGCUGUGCCUGAAACACCAGAACCUGAAACACCUGCACCUGUUGUGCCUGAAACACCUGAACCUGUUGCACCUGAAACACCUGCACCUGUUGUGCCUGAAACACCUGAACCUGAACCUGUUUCACCUGAAACACCUGCCCCUGUUGUGCCUGAAACACCUGAACCAGAACCGGUUGUACCUGAAACACCUGCACCUGUUGAGCCUGAAACCCCUGAAACCGAAACUGUUGCACCUGAAACACCAAAACCUGAUACACCUGCACCUGUUGUACCUGAAACACCAGAACCUGAAACACCUGCACCUGUUGUGCCUGAAACGCCUGAACCUGAAACACCUGCACCUGUUGAAACUGAAACUGUCGCACCUGAAACACCUGAACCCGAAACUGAAAAACCAGUGGAAAUUGUACAAAAUGAAGAAAUUGCAAAAAUUGUCGCCGAUGCUAAGACAACGAUAAUGAAGAAAAAAACAACCGUCAUCAAUAUGACAAGAAGACUUCAAUUAGAUGGUGAAAAAAUAAAAAAAUCAACUGAAGACAAAUAUACAGCUGAAGUGAAAAAAGUACAAGACGAAGCACAAAAAUUGUCAGAUGCUGCUCAAGGUGUUGAUGUAUCAUUCUGUUACAAUUAUGUAUUAGAUUUUGAGAGAAAAGUUUCUGAAGCCGUUGGAUCAGUAAAUAAUUGCAUUAAUUCAGUACAAAAAUCAAUUAAUGAUUUUAUUCAAAAUAUUCAAAAAAAGAGUGAUUCCAUCUUAAGUAUGUUAGAAUUGUCCAACACAUCAGCCAAUGAAUGCGGUCAAGACAAAAAAUGUGUCACACAAGUAUCAAAUGUUGCAAGGAAAAAAGUAAGAAGAACAGUAAUUGUGAUGAAUGCAGAAAUUGUGAAAUUCACUGUAAAAUCAGCUUACUAUUAUCCAAAAUUGAAAUACUGUUCAGUUAUUGAUAAUACAAAAUUAUUUUUUGAAUCACCAAAUAAAACAAUUAUGAAGUUCAAAAUUUGUGUAAACAACAAAAUAAAAAGAAGUGGAUAAUAGAAAGAAAAAAAAAAUUUUUUUCUAUGUAGAAAAUAUAUAUUAUAAUUUAAAAAUGAACAAUAAUAAUUAUAAUACUAAUUAAUAAAAAUAAAAAAAUAUUUAAAAAUAACAA